AUGGAAGAGGAAAAGAUCCCAGAGUCCGACCUCAAGCAUCUGUCCUUCAUCAUACCAAAGUACACGCCCAUAGAAAAAAUAGGCGAAGGGUCGUUCAGUGUUGUGUACAAGGCCCUUGAUGCAGAGGCCGGGAGACAUGUCGCUCUGAAGGUAAUAACAAGAACCAGCUCUCCAGCAAGGGUUCUCGAGGAACUGACGUUUCUGAAGGCACUUGAGGGAAAGAGGAACUGCAUGGGGCUUCUCGGGGUUUUCCGGAACGAAGACCAGGUGAUUGCUGUCUUUCCGUACUUCAAGCCCAUCGACUUCCGGGAGUUUAUUUCCAAUGCAGGCCUGAAUGACAUCAAGCAGUAUCUGUACAACCUGUUGGAAGCGAUAGACCAUGUGCAUGGCAAUGGCAUAAUACACAGAGACCUGAAGCCAGGGAACUUUCUGUACAAUAAGGAGACUGGAAGAGGGAUGCUCAUAGACUUUGGGCUUGCCCAGUACGAAGACCGCAGGGAGGAACAUCUUCCAAAGGACAGUAGCAAGCCCCAGACACCCCUGCUCUUCUUCAACUCGAUUGUGUCGAAGACAAAGCCUCCGGGAUACUACGAGAGAGACUCCAGGCCGCAGAUGAAGGCUCCUCGGGCCGGGACACGUGGGUUCCGAGCACCAGAGGUCCUGUUCCGCUACCCUCACCAGACCAGAGCCAUAGACAUGUGGUUUGUGGGGGUGAUUUUCUUGACGAUCCUGACUGCACAAUAUCCCUUCUUCUACUCGUCCGAGGAUAUCGACGCCAUUGUCGAGAUUGCAACGAUCUUUGGACACGCAGAAAUGAGAAAGGCUGCAAAGUUCUACGGAAGACUGUGGAGGUCGAACAUAGACACAAUUCCCGAGGAGAGAAUCCCCUUCGAGACAAUUAUCGAGUCGCUUAACCCGUGGGCCGAGGUCGGCUCCGAGGGAUACGACCUGCUCUACAGGAUGCUUGAUCUCUGCUCUUCAACCAGGAUCACUGCUCCAGACGCCCUCAACCAUCCAUUCUUCGACGGCUUGAAAACACAUCGGGACCCUGCAUAG